UGGGUUGCUCCAGAUUUUCGUUGUCCAAUUUUCACAUUUCGUUUGUGAUUUGUCGUCCUGCCUCCGUCAUGUCCCUCGCAGCUGCGGCUGCAGUGGCUGCUGCAACAAGCAAAGCGGAGGCAAAUGGCGAGAGACGCAAUUCUUUGGGACAAAUGCCGAAGAUGCCCUGGGUUUGGGUGGCUGACCAGCGCACGCCCAGCGAACCCAGAAAACUUCCAGUCCCGAAAUAUUUUCAGUGUGGCAACGAGCACAUUGGGAAGCUCACGUGGGAUAGCAUGAAGAAGUGGCUCAGUCGUGGUGUCGAACGCCAAGUCACCUCAGCAUGGAUUGCGGUUGAGGAACCUGGCAAAAGUGAGUGGCACCUUCAUGAAGUUCCAAUUCAAUUGAGCAGCUCUCCUUUCAAAGAUGGGACGCUUGUGGUGGUGUGCUGCGGCAACGAGCCUCUGAAACCGAACAUUUCAGGACAGCUCCCAGCUCCUUUCAAAUGGAAGCCGGCUCAGACCACGGAAACGAGUGUCCUGGGGGGGAAGAUGUGGAAGUCGGCACGCUCCAGAGUGAUUGCCACCAUGGCCUUCGGUGGGCCGGCGGCCUUUGGAAGGAGGCUCUCAGGUGAAAGCGAAAAGUCAGCAGCGACUGCGAGUGAUGCAGAUGGCUGUGCAAGUCGCGAAAUGUCCGACUUGAGGCCAGAAUCAGCUUCACACAAUAAGCAGCUGCUGAAGCCAGCCAUCAAGAAAGGCGAAGGAACGGCAAAGCCUGCAGGAACAAAGCCCAAGAAAGUGAGAGCAAAGGCUCGACUAAAGUUCGAGGAAGAUGCUGUAGGCAUGGAAUUGCCACCUGAGAGCGCUGAUCCUGCUGCAGAUCUGAACGCUCCAGCGAAGCCGUGGCUGCUUUACUGUGGCCCUGGUGCUCCAACAACGAUGACCCGUUCUACGCAGACAGAGCCUCUCAAGUUACUGAAGGCAUCACGGUCUGCCAGCGGAUGUUGCCAGUGCAGCCAGUGUUGCUGUGAUGUCUAUGAUGAGAAUGAUGUAUUGCCCAUACACUAGGAGUUGCCAAGUUUAGGAAUUCGUGCACAUAUGCCGAAAGACUGUCCCAGAGAAAAUUUCAAGCAGG